AACAGAAUCCCAAUCACUCACGCACUCACAAAAAAAACCCUAUCGCGCAUUUCUCUCCCUCUGUCCACCCCUCUCUUUCUGUCAGUUCCACCGUCUUCUCCGGGCAGCCUCUCUCCGCUCUCUCUCUGCGCCGUACGCAGAAUGGCUUCCAAGCGGAAGGCGAAGGUCGGAACCUCUUCAGGUUCUCCCUCGGAAUCGAAGAAGCCGAGGCAAAACAAGGAGGCGAGAGUUGAAGAGGAGGUAGCAACGAGUGUGGAAAAAAGCUGCUUCUCCACCGAGGAACCCAAUGACUCAGGAGGUAGCUGCGGCUGAUGAUGACGGAGGGGAAGCGAGGUUCCUUGGCGAACCGAUGGAAGACGAGGAGUCUCGUAAGCAAUACCCCAAGAGAUAUGUUGGAAAGAAGCCAAAGAUGAAUGGGCAAAACAUCUCCAACGAUGAUGAAGAUAUAAUUCAAGCUCGUCGUCACUACACAAAGGCGUUGGUUGAUGGAAUCGAUUAUGAUCUCUAUGAUGAUGCCCAUGUAUUUGUGAGUUUGCAUGACUCGUUGUUUGUUGGUAUUCAUUUACGAAGUAUUUAUACAAACACUCACAAGUGAGAAGUAAGAUUAGCAAAAUUCAUGUGCACAUAAUGUUUUAAUCGGCCCAAAAUGCAUGAUUAGGAUUUCUCUGUCUGAUUAAAUUGAAUAAUUACAUCCAUUGCAAGAACUAGACAGUAGAACAAUG